AACGGACGAUGUAGAAGAACCAACGGAAUACAUGUAUGGCAUCGUCCUGGAUGCAGGCUCCUCCCAUACGACCAUGUAUGUCUACAAAUGGCCGGCCGACAAGCAGAAUGGGACCGGCAUCGUGACCCAACAUGACGAGUGUCAUGUGAAAGGAGGCGGAAUAUCCAGCUAUGCUGGGAAACAUGGAAAGGCAGGGCAGAGUCUGGUGGCAUGCCUCGACCAGGCAAAGGAGGUCAUUCCUAAAUCCAGACACCACCUGAGUCCUUUGUACCUAGGGGCAACAGCUGGCAUGAGACUUCUGAACAUGUCCAAUACCUUAGAGUCAGAUCAGAUUCUGAAAGAAGUCAGUGCUAAACUGAAAGUGUAUCCAUUCAACUUUCGUGGGGCCACUAUUUUGAGUGGUCAAGAAGAGGGGGCCUAUGGCUGGGUCACAGUGAAUUACCUGUUGGAAAAUUUCAUCAAGUAUGGCUUUGUUGGUGAGUGGCUUAUUCCAAAAAGGAAGACUGUAGGAGCGCUGGACUUUGGAGGAGCUUCGACUCAGAUAACAUUUCAGACGACAGACACUGUGGAGGACCCUAAAAAUGCGAUGACAUUGAAACUGUAUGGACGAAAUUAUAGUCUGUACACACACAGCUUUCUGUGCUAUGGCAGAGACCAGAUGUUAAGACAGCUCUUGGCUCAUCUGCACCAGGCGCAGGGAUCGUCUGGUAGUAUAACACACCCUUGCUACCCAUCAGGAUAUAAUAUCUCUAUGAAGCUGAACAAAAUCUUUGAUUCUCCAUGUACAAAGAGUAAGAUGCCCUCACAGUACAAUGCUCAGGACACUAUAAAGGUGAUUGGAUCGGGGCAUUAUCAACACUGCCUUCAGAACAUGUCCGGAAUCUUCUCUUUUGACACUUGUACUUUUUCCAAGUGCUCCUUAAAUGGUGUUUUCCAGCCCAAUGUUACUGGAAACUUUAUGGCCUUUUCUGCCUUUUACUAUGUCUACUCUUUCCUGCAACGGACCACUGGCAUUACUGCGACAUCCCCCAGCCUUUUGAAGGAAGCGGUCCAAGCUAUUUGCAAUAUGAGCAUGCGUGAGAUGCUGGAGAAAGCUCCUGACCAGCAAAGUCGUCUCCAGGAUUACUGCGCUGCUUCAGUGUUCAUUCAGGUCCUCAUGCUCCAAGCCUAUGGUUUUGAUGAUAAGUCCUUCUCAACGAUCUCAUUUCAGAAGACGGUGGAGGGCACUUCAGUUGGAUGGGCACUGGGCUAUAUGCUCAGUCUGAGCAGCUUGCUCCCCGGGGAGAGUGUGGGACUGAGGAAAGCUUUGCGCUCUGAGGUAUGGGCUGCUCUGCUGGUCCUUUUCGUCUUCCUCCUCCUCCUUGUGCUGGGAUAUCUUUUACUGAAGGCAUAUCAGAGGAAGGCCAGCAGUCCUGGUGUCAUUUGAAAAUCGGCACAGGAGUCAAUCACCUGAGUUUGAACUACAACCUUACAUUUGUAGCCUUAGCUGGUGAACAGGACUGACAUGACCUCGCAAGAUUCACUGCAGUUAGGCUAACUAGGAAAAACAUGAAAGAAAUGUGAUUUUGCAAUUAAAGGUGACGUCCACGACUCUUACACAAUACACUAUUUGUCAAGUUCAGUGAAUUGAAACCUUUCGUAAGAAUUGUGAACGGGACCUGUAAUCACAUUGUGGCUGAUUUGUUUAUUAUGUUUUGAAGUGCUCUUAGGAAAAAGGAUGCAAAGGAUUUCAUAUGAGAUGAUCAUUUUUUAAAACAUGUUUCAUGAAGGUGCUUUUUUUUUUUUUUUACCCAUGUUUUUUUUCCCCAUGUCACCCGGAGGGCUCCGUACUGUUGUGAACUUGCAAGUAAAAAACAAAGAAACAUUUAGAGCUCUUGCAUGUAAUGGCAGAUAUUUUAUAUGGGGUUACAAUUAUGUGAAAUCUUACUGUAUGUGAUACAUUUUUACAUCAUGCUUUUUUAACUGCCCUUAUGUAAUGGGGUUAUAACCUGUGAAAUCUUACUGUAUGUGUGAUACAUUUAUUUUCUAUGUUUUUUUUAACUGCCCUGAAUAUUUAACUGUGUAAAUAUUAGUUGAGGCCUAUGUCUUUGUAUAGAUUUGUUGAGCUUAAAGAAGCCCUAUGCAAGUCUGGUUAUUCCUUC